CAACAAAGAAGGAUCGUUUUAUAAAUUAAAAGAAAAAUACUUAAAGAGUUGAAAUAAAAGUGAAUUUUAAAGACCAGACUAAAGUGUAAAGUUUUUGUGUGAUAAAUAAAAAAGGAAGAAGUUCCAGUCACAAUUUAUUGUAAAAGCCCCGUUAAUGAACUUGAACUUGUAGAUCACCACCAUGCGUCGUCGUGUCUGUUGUUGGUAUUUGUAUGUAAUUUACGUGUGUUUAAUAUUUACGAACUCACCACAGUGUGCAGAUGGUUACCAAGAUGUAAAAAAGCUUCAGCAAAGUGAAAAACCCAAUAUUGUUAUAAUACUAAUAGAUGAUAUGGGCUUCAAUGAUGUCAGCUUUCAUGGCUCGAACCAGAUUUUAACCCCCAACAUAGAUGCCUUGGCCUAUAAUGGUAUUAUUUUGAAUAAGAAUUAUGUACCCAAUUUAUGUACGCCCUCCAGGUCCACUUUGUUAACCGGAAAAUAUCCCAUACACACAGGCAUGCAACAUUUUGUUAUUGUCAACGAUGAACCCUGGGGUCUGCCCUUAAACGAGCGUUUAAUGCCCGAAAUAUUCCGUGAUGCUGGCUAUGCCACCAAUUUGGUGGGUAAAUGGCAUUUGGGUUUUUAUCGCAAAGAAAUGACUCCUUUGUAUAGGGGUUUUGAUCAUCAUUUAGGUUAUUAUUCGGGCUAUAUAGGUUACUAUGAUCAUACUUUGAAAAUGUUGAAUCGUAAUUUCACAGGCCUUGAUAUGCGUAAAGAUUUAGAACCCUGUCCCGAGGUUACGGGUACCUAUGCCACCGAUUUAUUUACCCGUGAGGCGGUUCAAGUUAUUAAGCAGCAUAAUGUUAAGAAACCUUUAUUCUUGCUUUUAAGCCACUUGGCUGUGCAUACGGGGAAUGAAGAUAAUCCCAUGGAGGCUCCUGAAGAGGAGAUCAAGAAAUUUUCAUAUAUUUCAGAUCUUAAGCGCAGGAAAUAUGCAGCCAUGUUGUCUCGUUUGGAUCAAAGUGUGGGCUUGACGGUCAAGGCGUUGGCGGAUAAAAAUAUGUUAAAUAAUACCAUAAUAUUGUUAUAUUCCGAUAAUGGGGCCCCUACUUUGGGUAUACAUGCGAAUAGUGGUUCUAAUUAUCCUUUUAGAGGGCAAAAAGAGUCCCCCUGGGAAGGAGGCAUACGUUCGGCGGGCUUAAUAUGGAGUCCUUUGUUGAAGCAUAAAAACUAUGUCAGCAAUCAAGUAUCACAUGCAAUCGAUUGGCUGCCCACUUUGGCUGCCGCAGCUGAUGUUCCUCUACCUAAAGACCUUAAUUUAGAUGGGAUUAACCUUUGGCCGGCCUUAAGCCAGGCUCAAGACCCCCAACCCAGACGUUUACUGCAUGUCUAUGAUAAUGUUUUUGGUUACAGUUCGUAUAUGAGGGGAAAUCUUAAAUAUGUUAAUGGUUCUACUUUUGGGGGCCAAUAUGAUUCAUGGUUGGGGGAUAUAAACCAAGAGGAUCAGGAUCCCUUAAGUAGGGACUAUGAGGAAACUGUAAUAAAUUCAAUGGUCCAUUAUAAAUUGGGCUCUAAGGUAUUAACUAAGGCUAAUAUAAAGAACUUAAGACAGCAGGCCACCCAUAAAUGUCCUGAAAAUAAUGAAGACUAUGAGCAGGAUAUAUACGAAUGUGAACCCCUUAAGGCCCCCUGUUAUUUUAAUAUUGACAAAGAUCCCUGUGAACGUUACAAUCUGGCCCAGUUAUAUCCCCUGCAGGUACAGUUUCUGGCCCAGGAAGUAGAGGAAUAUCGUUUGGGUUUAACACCCUCCGCUAGAGUAGCUCAAGGAGACCCCCUGGCAAAUCCCCAAAGAUUUCAAGGCAAUUGGCAGUGGUGGUAUGGCACACAAAAUUCUCCCGGGGUAAAAAUUUCUUAUAUGUCUUGUAAUUUGUUGUUUUUUAUUUAUAUUUUAUUGGCGUUUCUAGGACUACUAAAUUGUUGAAGGUUUUUCAAAGUCUGGCUAGAGAAAAAAGUGUGAUAUUUUCUAUAAAAAAAUUAAAAUAAAAAAA